AUGACCCUGGAGGACCUUGCCAAAACUGGUGUUCAGGACCAAGCAAGUGCCUGGGCAGUCUUCCAAGCGCUGUGGACGGAGCUCACGGCAACCGGUCCGGCCCCUGGUCUCGAAAAGCAUUAUACUUCCCGCCCUCCUAUUCUGGUGACGGUCGACGGUCUUGGCCACUGGAUGACCGAGUCACAAUACCGCAACGCCCAGUUUAAGCUCAUCCACGCACACGACCUUGUCUUUGUGCGGCACUUCCUUUCCCUGCUGAAGCCCGGUCAAGAUAAGCCCACUCUUCCCAACGGCGGAGCUCUUCUCUAUGCUACAUCGACCACCAACAACCCGCCCUAUGUUUACAGCUUGGACGUCGCCCUCAAGCAGGUUGCAGCUCGUGGCGCUGGCGUAGAAUCCUCCUCUCCUCAGUUCCCUCAACCCGAACCGUACAGCAAGACUGACCCGCGUGUUUUCGAGGUACUCGAAUCCAUGAAAUCCAAGCAUGCUCAGGAAGGUAUGCUGCAACAUCAAAUACUCGGCGGCGUGACUCAUGAUGAAGCUCGAGGCUUUAUGGAAUAUUUUGCGCGCAGUGGACUCCUCCAAGAGACCAUCAGCGACGAGUGGGUUAGCGAGAAGUGGACUCUGGCCGGUGGUGGCGUGAUCGGUGAGCUUGAGCGUAUUGGCAAACGGCUGAGAAUUGCUGCGUAG